AUACCCGAAUGGAGGCAUAAAAGUGCGGUGGAAGUGGGCAUUUGUGGCCCUCAAUUCCAGGGCCAAUAUUCGGGUUUUUACACCUUGACCAGGUGGGACUAAAGAACCGGGUGGCCAAGCCUUGUUGUUAACUUAUAUUAAAACCACCUAGGUCUCACUGCGCAAACUCUCUGUGAGAAACCGGGGUGAAAAUUGCCCCUAGAUUGACUUCCCCGCUAAAUGUAUGAGGAUCACUCAAACCACGGAGGCCAUGAUCCAGACGCCAAUUCUCUGACAAUCAUGGACUAACCAGUUGAUUAUGAUACAACUACUUCGACGCUUCGCUUCCCUAAGUGCCCUCACAGGUAUCCAUCCAUCUUCCCUCCAAAAAAAUAAUCCCAGAUUCCCCGUUCUUCUAACCCAUUCCCAUGUGUAGAAAUAACCGCCGCAAUGACCACCCCACUACCAGCGACCAAGCCCCCCCUAACACUCUAUACCUCUAUUGCCUCAAUCCGACAAUGGCGCCGGGAGCAAGCGAACCAGCUCAACAGUGUAGCCAUGAUACCAACAAUGGGUGCCCUGCACGCUGGGCACAUCUCCCUGAUCCGCUCCGCAGCCCGGUCCCACGAUAGCCUAGUUGUCAGCAUAUUCGUUAACCCCGCGCAAUUUGCUCCGCAAGAGGACCUCUCACGGUACCCGCGCACUCUAACCGCAGACAUUAAGCAGCUGGAAGAUCUGAACACAGAGCUGUCCUCCCCGGAGUCCUCCUCGAAGGGGAAGAUCGAAGCGCUAUUCGUGCCCUCGGUGCCGGAAAUGUACCCUUCCGGCAUACCCCUGCAACAGGAACUACAGAAGGGAGCAUUCGUGACAGUCACACCACUGUCUAGUCGUCUGGAGGGCAUCACGCGCCCACACUUUUUCCGUGGUGUGGCAACCGUCUGCAUGAAGCUUUUCAAUAUCAUCCAGCCGGAUGAAGUGUAUUUUGGACAGAAGGAUGUCCAGCAGACCGUCGUACUUAAGUGGAUGAUUAGCGACUUGCAUGUUCCUACGAAGAUCCAGGUCGAGGACACAAUCAGGGAGGAGGACGGACUUGCGAUGAGCUCGAGAAAUGUAUAUCUUGGUCAGAAGAGGCGGGGCUUUGCCACGUGCCUGUACAAGGCUCUUAGGGCUGCGGAGGGAGCAUACUUUCAAGAGGUAGCGAAGGGAGCAACGAUCAUUCCGAAAAGGGUUCUCACAGAAUCUGCUGAGAAGAUGCUUAGAGAGGCUGGGAGCGAUGAGGUUAAAACUGAGACUGAGUACUUUAGCGUUUCCUGUCCGAAGGAAUUGGAGGAAUUGGAGCAGGUGGACGUUAAUGUCGGUGCGGUAAUAAGUGGUGCUGUCAGAAUGUUGCCAACACAGGAGGGUGAGGGGUCGGUUAGGAUUAUCGAUAAUAUUAUUUUGAAGGGUAAAUUGGAGACCGACACACAAGAAGAGCGGGCGCCGCAGGGGUUGAGGACUGUAGUCGACGUUUAAAAUAAAUAGCAAGUUAAUCAAUUUUUCUAAUGUUCAUUACGUCAUGGGGGGUCACUCGAUGAGCUCACAAUCAGUCGGCUAGCAGUGAGUUCACGAUUUCAACCCGACAUCCAACUUCGAAGUCGGGCGCAAUUCCCUGAAGUGGCGACUUUUGGUUGCGCGCUUAUCGGUGUAUGAGUGCCUGACGGCUUUUCCAUAUGUCUGCGAUCCGUGGCCCCCUCCUCCUCUUGUCAUGCUCGGAACUAAUCCAACUUACACUUCUCCACUACUUAUCUUCCUGCUAUAAUUACUCCUCCGGAUGCUAGGGGGGCCCUGCCACUAGAAAUUAGUGGUCGGUAUUUAUAAUACCAUUUUCGGAACGAUGUAUCUAUUCUCAAAAUCACUCGAUGCUUAACAAAAUAGUGCAACUAUCCUGAACCUCACGGGGAAAAUAUAUAUACAAACAUACCUACUAGCGGGAUAAGUAUUUGUUCUCACGGUAAUGUUAUAUGAGAUACCUAGCUGGCGCAGUGGUUAAUGUGUCAGGAACCAAUUAACCACUGCUCAAUUAGCAGGAGUUUGGGAGGUCAAACCCUCUCACAAUGAGUUAUUAUUGGAGAAUCCAUCAUAAUAUAGGGUUGGCAGGUCAUGAAAGCCCGCCCUAUGGGAACUGGGAGACUGGAGGCCUUGGCUUUCCUCAAUACGGUUGUGGGGAAAAUCAGACCUGCUAUGAUACGAGCUGGGAGGAUCCGACCCUGGACCAUACAUGUCAAGAUGAGGUCCACAAUCGGUGGGGUAUGAUAGCUGAAGAUACUUUUUCAUUUUUUGCUUCGUCCGG